GAGGACCAGGUUCUGGAAAAGGAACACAGUGCGAGAAGAUUGUCCAAAAAUAUGGCUACACCCACUUGUCCACCGGUGAUCUCCUACGAGAAGAGGUCAGCUCCGGCUCGGACAGGGGGAAGAAGCUUUCGGCCAUCAUGGAGAAAGGAGAGUUGGUCCCUCUGGACACUGUCCUUGACAUGCUGAGGGACGCCAUGUUGGCCAAAGCAGACCAGUCCAAGGGCUACCUGAUUGACGGUUAUCCCCGGGAGGUGAACCAAGGCGUGGAAUUUGAGAAGAAGGUAAGAACGUGGUGGUGAAUCAAUCUCUCUCUC